CAUGAGCAGCUGGGUGGGGGCGUGAAGAAUGAGAGGAGUUUGGAACAGAAUGUCUUGAGCAUAUUUCCUGUUUAAGUUCUUGGUCAUAGGAAAUGCUGGAACUGGAAAAUCCUGUUUACUACACCAAUUUAUUGAAAAGAAAUGUCUGUAACAAGGAGUUACUAUAGAGGAGCUGCAGGUGCUUUGCUUGUCUAUGAUAUAACCAGCCGGGAAACCUACAAUGCGCUUACUAAUUGGUUGACGGAUGCUAGAAUGUUAGCGAGUCAAAAUAUUGUGAUAAUACUAUGUGGAAACAAAAAGGAUCUUGAUGCUGAUCGUGAAGUUACUUUUUUAGAAGCAUCCCGGUUUGCACAAGAAAAUGAGCUGAUGUUCUUGGAAACAAGUGCACUAACAGGGGAAAAUGUUGAAGAGGCCUUUGUACAGUGUGCAAGAAAAAUACUCAAUAAAAUUGAAUCAGGAGAAUUGGAUCCAGAAAGAAUGGGUUCAGGUAUUCAGUAUGGAGAUGCUGCCUUGAGACAGCUGAGAUCACCACGUAGAGCACAAGCACAAAGUGCUCAAGAAUGUGGGUGUUAAAGAAACAAAACAGGAAAUCCCAAAUACUUGCUUUAGAUACAAAAGCUGUCCUAGCAAAUGGUGUUUGGAGAAACAGAAAAGCUUGAAGGCUAUGCAGUUUUUAAAAACAUCUUUCCGCUAUCUACAAACAGAGCAGAACACUGACAGAAAGGUGGCUGCUGUGGUGUGGGGCAGGAAUGUUCACAUGACACACAAGUCUGCAAAGUGAACUCAAUAAUUUGGUGGACAGUGUUAAGACUCAUACCUGUAUGUAAACAUUUUCCAUUUCCUAUUUUUGUUCUUUUGCCUAGUUUAAAGCAUUGCUAUAUACUGUAAAUAAUGUAACAGUAAAUUUACAAAGCAUGGUAUACUUAUGUAUGCUGAUAGAAUGUUGCACUACAAGCAGUUUAAUAUUUUAUUUUUUUAUCAUAUAAACAAAUUUAACAGAGGUAGGCUUUGUCAUGUUUGUUUGUUGCACAAUAGUUUAUAUUUAUGAGCUGAAUUAUAAAACCACUGGCACUGUCAGUGAGUGGCGGUUGUUUUAUUUUUUCCUACUUAGUUUGCCACAUUCUAACGGGCUGUUGACAUGACGGAUUCUCAACAUAUGGUUAGGGCCCAUACUGAUGUUUACUAGUAUGUCAAGUUGGAAAACGUAAUUUUUAUUGAUGUUCACAUAUCCUAUUUUAUCACAGUUCUUAAAUAACUUCUGAAGCUCUUUUACCAAACUUCAAAACUUUAGAAGAAAUACUUAAUUCUGUCAAGUGGCUGUUGACUGUCUUGGAUUUUUUUUCUUGGUCCUGAUGUUUUGUAUAGCACUGGCAUCAUGAAAGUGAAAUGUUUGUGUGAACAGAACUGUGCAUCUUCUGUGUGUGUUGUAAUUCUAGGGCAGGGGCAUGGGCUUAUGGAGAAUUAUCACAGUAGGAGCUCUCCUAACCUUCUGCCACAAACAGAGCAAUCAGUCAGCUGUGGAAACGAUCUCUGUUGAAGCAUACCUGCUGAGAAACCCAGAUGGGUGGUUCUGAAGUAUCCUGAAUGUAUGAAAAUUAAAAUACCAAUUUCAUUCUCUUAAAGUACAAUUAAGAACUUGCAUUUUAAAAUUAGGUACUUGCAGUCUGUCUUGCUGGAGCUCUACCUUUGAACUUCAUGUGAGUGUACUAUAUGUAAAGCUGUCCACAUUGCCCCCAAGAGACUCAUGUGAUUGAAGGA